AUGAGCGGUGGUGGAGCCGGUCUACCCUAUCAAAGUUCGCUACCAAUCGGUGGUCAAAUAUGGAAUAACAAUGAAUUAUACGGAAGUGGCGGUCAGCUUAGAUCAGUUUUUACAACGAAUAUGGGAACUCCUAAAAUGGAUGGUCCUAUGAAAGGCGGAGUUGGGGGUGUGUUUGGAAUGCAUGGUUACAUGGGCAUAGACAAAGCGUCUGGAACGGGCGCAGAUACAGAUAUUAUAACUGGGUACAAUCGAAACGAGAUGAAAAAUUUAACCGCUGAUAAAUUUUAUGCGUUAAGUCCAGAUAGAGUUUGUCAGCUGCUAUCGGACGAUGGAUUGUCCGUUGUUAGCGAGGUGGAAGUCUUUAUAGCGGCUUGGGUCUGGCUAUCAGCCGAUUCUUGGAAUAGGAAAAAAUUUAUCAAAAAGAUAAUGUCUUGCGUGAGAUUCCCGCUAUUUAGCGCUAGGGAAUUGUAUACGGCAGCCAGAGAAUUGAGGAAUUUUCCCGAGACCUGGGAGUUCAUAUUCAACGCUAAUUGGUAUCAUUCCUGCGUAGAGUUUAAUUCUCACGAUAAUUUGUUUUUCGAUAUUCCGAAACCGCGCCAUUUCCAAGGAACCAGAAAACUCGACCCUUUUUCGAUUACAAGGACCCAGAUUGGAUUUGCACCACAGCUAGAAAAUUGGAGGGAUUUCGAAAUGAAACGCGGGAACAUACCAUUCAAUCCUACAAUGCCUCUCCCAUUUCCUUCUUCUGGACCUGGAUUUAAAUCCCCGGUAACAUUAGACGGAUGGCUGGAGGCCUUAAAAGACGCCACCAUUAGACUCAAAUCGGAAAUAGAUUCGCUUGGUGUUACUACGCGGAGAUCGAUAGCCAGUAGCGGGGGCAAAAGAUCUUCCACAUCAAAAGCAAAAUUGGAAAAAAUCAUUUUACAGGAUAAAAGAAUAAUGUCACCCAUCAAAGAAUUAUCCGAAUCAGAAUCAGCAAGAGUCCACCUAAAAAAAUCUUCCUCAGGCGUUACCAGUGACAGCGAGAUUUCAACAACUGAACCUAGCUCUUCAGAAGUUUCCGAAACUGAAACUGACAAGUCUAGCGCGAUAAAUAAAAAAGAUAAGAAAGACAAGCCGGAUAAAAAAGAUAAGAAAGACAAGCCGGAUAAAAAGGAUAAGAAAGACAAAUCGGAUAAAAAAGAUAAGAAAGACAAACCGGAUAAAAAAGAAAGUAAAGAUACAAAGAAAAAGGACAAAAAGAAAGAUAAAGGUAAAAGCACUGAUGCAUCUUCAGCCGAAACUCCUAAAAAAGAUAAAGGUGGAAAGAAAAGCGGAUCCAAAGAUAAGUCAAGCGAUAAAAAUAAAAAGAAGGAUAAAACGUCUAAAAGUGGGCACAAGGACAAAAAAGGCGGAUCGGGUAAAGGCAGCAAAAGCAAAGGCAAGAAGAAGAAAUGA